UAAAUGAAAUGAGGUAGCAUUAGCAUAGUGCCAAACUUAGCUGAACCCCACCAGGCCACCAGCCUUUAUUUCUCUUUCCCUUUCCUGGCUUGUGAGUUCUGAGUUCUGACCCAACAGAGGCCAGGCCACCACGCCCAUACCAUCCCAAUAUUCUCUUCAGAAGAGAAACAAGACCACAUCUAUCCACAUUCAUACCCACCUUAAUUUCCCCUUUUCCUUGGACUAAAGAGUGUAUCUUAAAGUCACUAUGACACUGACACUACUGCCUCCUCCAAAAUCACCAUUCUUGAAGACCCUUUUGUUCCUGUGCAGCACUAGUCUCCUCCUCCCUGAUGCUGAUGCGGUUCAGCCAAUCAUCCCAAACCCCUCCUCAUCUUCAACAACAGGAACAAUCCCUGCUUUCCCAGAACAAGCUGAUGCUGCAGGCUGCCCUCUCAACCUCUCAGAUGACCACUAUGAAGCCAUAAAGAGUGCAUGUGGCUCCAACAAACCUGAUGAUGAUGACCUCCACCGUAGCAGAUGCUGUCCUGUGCUCGCAGCGUGGCUCUAUUCUGCAUACUCAGCCACUGCUCUUAGUGCCUCACAGGGCCAUACCACAUCCUAUGACAUGCCCUUGUUGCCUGAUGACUCAGAAACAUGUGUGAGUGACUUGGGGAAGGCCUUGAAAGUUAGAGGAAUCCAGCUUUUUCAGCCCAAUGAGACUUGUGAUGUGGUCUAUUGCUACUGUGGCAUUAGGCUUCACCCUUUGACAUGUCCUGAGUCAUUCUCAGUUACUCCAAGUGGAAGUCUUGUUGUCAAUCAAAGUGUCAAAAGAUUGGCGAGGGAUUGCUCGAGUAGCAGCACCAAUGUCAACAAGUUUCCCGGCCUGGGUGGAUGCUCCAAGUGCUUGCAUAGUCUCUAUUCGCUUAGAAAGAAGUCUUCAAAUUCAAGCAAGUCAGAAGAAGAUAGGACCAGCAAGAUCCAUAACAAAGACUGUGAACUCAUGGGCUUAACAUGGCUUCUGGCUAAGAAUAGAACAGCUUACAUUCACACAGUUUCGGGGGUUCUUCGAGCUUUGAUGUUGAGCAGGGAAGGCUCUGACCCACAAUCAUGCACUCUAAACAGUGAUGGAAUGCCUCUUGCCGUUGAUUCCUCUGAAAUGUCAGAUGAAUCUUCAGCCACCAACCUACAAGCACCAAUUUUCCUCUCUCUGUUAUUUCUACAUUAUUAUUUCAAUGUAUUAUCCACCUAACUGCAAAAAAGAUUGAUCCCCAUUCCCCAACAUGGCAUUUGUAAAUUUGAAUCUAUGCUUUGGUGCUUAGGAGUGUAAUUUUUUUAUUUUCUUUCUUGGGUGUUAAUUGAAAUUGGUUUAUUUUGAUUGAUAGAAAAUUCAUAAUGGUUUUAAUUA